CGCAGCCCGGGCUGAGCGCUUGCCGGGUGUCAUGGCGGCUUGCAGGCCUUGCUGCUCGUGCGUCUGGCUCCGGCCACUGGGCCAUGGUCCCCUCCGUCUGCCAGGGCGGGGUCGGACACUCACCCAGUUGCAGGUGCGAGCACUAUGGGGUGGCGCGGGGUCGCGAACCGUGGCCGUGGACUUAGGCAGCAGAAAAUUAGAAAUAUCCUCUGGAAAACUGGCCAGAUUUGCAGAUGGCUCUGCUAUAGUACAGUCAGGUGACACUGCAGUGAUGGUCACAGCGGUCAGUAAAACAAAACCUUCACCUUCCCAGUUCAUGCCUUUGGUGGUUGACUAUAGACAGAAGGCUGCUGCAGCAGGUAGAAUUCCCACAAACUAUCUUAGAAGAGAGAUUGGAUCUUCUGAUAAAGAAAUUCUUACAAGUCGAGUAAUAGAUCGUUCAAUUAGACCUCUCUUUCCAGCAGGCUACUUUUAUGAUACACAGAUCCUUUGUAAUCUGUUAGCAGUAGAUGGUGUUAAUGAACCUGAUGUCCUAGCAAUUAAUGGUGCUUCUGUAGCCCUCUCAUUAUCAGAUAUUCCUUGGAAUGGACCUAUUGGGGCAGUACGAAUAGGAAUGAUUGAUGGAGAAUGUGUUGUUAACCCAACACGAAAAGAAAUGUCUUCCAGUACUUUAAAUUUAGUGGUUACUGGAGCACCUAAAAGUCAGAUUGUCAUGUUGGAAGCCUCUGCAGAGAAUAUUUUACAGCAGGACUUUUGCCAUGCUAUCAAAGUGGGAGUAAAAUAUACACAACAAAUAAUUCAGGGCAUCCAGCAGUUGGUAAAAGAAAUUGGUGUUACCAAGAGGACACCUCAGAAGUUAUUUGUUCCUUUGCCAGAGAUUGUGAAACACGCUCAUAAACUCGCCGUGGAAAAACUCUACGCAGUUUUUACAGAUCAUGAACAUGAUAAAAUUUCCAGAGAUGAAGCCGUUAACAAGAUUAGAUUAGAUACAGAGGAACAACUAAAAGAAAAAUUUCCAGAAGUUGAUUCCUAUGAAAUAAUAGAAUCCUUCAAUGUUGCUGCAAAGGAUGUUUUUAGAAGUAUUAUUUUGAAUGAAUACAAAAGGUGUGAUGGUCGAGAUUUGACUUCACUUAGGAAUAUAAAUUGUGAGGUAGAUAUGUUUAAAAUUCUUCAUGGAUCAUCAUUAUUUCAAAGGGGACAAACACAGGUGCUAUGUACUGUUACAUUUGAUUCAUUAGAAUCCAGCAUUAAAUCAGACCGAAUUAUAACAGCUAUAAAUGGGAUAAAAGAUAAAAAUUUCAUGCUUCACUAUGAGUUUCCUCCCUACGCAACUAAUGAAAUUGGCAAAGUCACUGGUGUAAAUAGAAGAGAACUUGGGCACGGUGCGCUUGCUGAGAGAGCUUUGUAUCCUGUUAUUCCUAAAGAUUUUCCUUUCACCAUAAGAGUCACAUCUGAAGUACUAGAGUCAAAUGGAUCAUCUUCUAUGGCAUCUGCAUGUGGUGGAAGUUUAGCUUUAAUGGAUGCAGGAGUUCCAAUUUCAUCUGCUGUCGCAGGUGUGGCAAUAGGAUUGGUCACCAAAAACAAUCCUGACAAGGGUGAAAUAGAAGAUUAUCGUUUGCUGACAGAUAUUCUGGGGAUUGAAGAUUACCAUGGUGACAUGGAUUUCAAGAUAGCUGGCACUACUAAGGGAAUAACUGCAUUACAGGCUGACAUUAAAUUACCUGGAAUACCAAUAAAAAUUGUAAUGGAGGCCAUUCAGCAAGCCUCAGUGGCAAAGAAGGAGAUAUUACAGAUUAUGAACAAAACUAUUUCAAAACCUCGAGCAUCUAGAAAAGAAAAUGGACCUGUUGUAGAAACUGUUCAGGUUCCAUUAUCAAAACGAGCAAAAUUUAUUGGACCAGGUGGAUAUCAUUUAAAAAAACUUCAAGCUGAAACAGGAGUAACUAUUAGUCAGGUGGACGAAGAAACAUUUUCUAUAUUUGCACCAACACCCAGUGCCAUGCAUGAAGCAAGAGACUUCAUUACCGAAAUCUGCAAAGAUGAUCAAGAGCAGCAAUUAGAAUUUGGAGCAGUAUAUACCGCCACAAUAACUGAAAUCAGAGACACUGGAGUAAUGGUUAAACUAUAUCCAAAUAUGACUGCAGUACUACUUCAUAACACACAACUUGAUCAACGAAAGAUUAAACAUCCCACUGCUUUAGGUUUAGAAGUUGGCCAAGAAAUUCAGGUGAAAUACUUUGGACGUGAUCCAGCUGAUGGAAGGAUGAGGCUUUCUCGGAAAGUGCUCCAGUCUCCAGCUACAACUGUUGUCAAAACUUUAAGUGACAGAAGCAGUAUUGUAAUGGGAGAAUCUAUUCCACAGUCAUCAUUUAAUUCUUCCCAGUGACUUUUUUUUUUUUUAAGAAUUCUAGAGUGAUACUCUGUAUAGCAAAAUUUCAGUAGUAUCUUCUAAUGUGUAGAUUUAUAUAUAAUAUAAAUGUAUUCUAAUGAUUUAUAUUAAAAUGCUCACUUUA